AUGGAACUCCUCCUAGUGACUUUUCUGGCUGUUUUGACUGUCUUUGUGGCAAUGGCAUUCUAUUAUGAACACCCCACGGCAGACAUCCCUCAUGGAAUUAGUCAGCGCCGAAAGCUUUACCUUUUUCAUUACAUCCUGAACUUCGGGUUUGGUCUGGGCAAAUUUUUGGACAAAGUAGGUAUCACCUCAGAGGUCCAUUUCCUCAGGGCUGCAAUGGAUGGAGUACCACCAUUAAAAGACAAACAUCUUUUUAUCAAGGACUUACGGUUUGAAAAGGUUAAAGUAAGAAUUUACCAGCCAAAAAUGUCAACCACUGGCCAAAGAAGAGGAAUCCUUUAUUUUCAUGGAGGAGUUGGACGGUUUGGAAGCAUACGGGCCUAUGAAAGAACAUGCCGCUAUUUCGCUAGAAAAAGCAAUUCAGUGGUUGUGUCUGUUGGGUAUCGCUUAGCUCCCGAGUAUCCAUAUCCAACCCAGUCUGAGGAUUGUGUCACUGCCACCGUACACUUUAUGAGGACUGCACAGGAAUAUGGAGUAGACCCUUCCCGCAUUAUCAUCUGUGGAGACAGUAGUGGAGGUACACUCACUGCUGCUGUUGCACAAGCACUGGUGAACAGAAGAGAUCUCCCAAAGCUGAGAGCACAAAUCCUAAUAUAUCCUUUUCUCCAGUGUGUAGACUUCAAUUUGCCUUCUUAUCAGCAGAAUAAGGGAGUCCCCAUUUUGUUAAAGGAACGAACCCUUGCUCUUGGUUUGAAGUAUCUUAAUAAAGACUUGUCUGUCAUGGAAGCAGUGUUCAAAGGUUGUCAUAUUCCAGAAGAUUUGCAACUUAAGUAUCAGAAAUGGAUAAACGUUGACUGCAUCCCUCAUGAGUUUAAAACAAGAGGCUACAAACCAAGUACAAAGCAUCCUUUCUCAGAAGAAGUCUAUGCAUUGGUCAAGCCUAUGUUUGACACUGUUUUUUCACCACUGCUAGCUGAAGACAGUGUUAUUGCUCGACUGCCUGAGACUUUCAUUUUGACCUGUGAAUUUGAUGUGCUUAGAGAUGAUGGACUGCUGUACAAGAAACGAUUAGAGGAUCAUGGUGUAAAAGUGACCUGGUGCCAUCUGCAAGAGGGAUUCCAUGGAACAUUAUUCUUAGCUCUUUAUGGUAAGGUGAUAGGAUUCCGGUCUGGAAAUAAAGGCCUGGAAAAGAUAGUACAUUUUCUAAGAUUGAUGUAA